AUUCCUUAACUUAGCCCACUCCAGUAGACAAAAAAAGAAACGGAAGAAAGGAGUCCAGAUGCUCGUUGCCGAUCGAAGAAACCAAAAGGCAGAAAGUCAGAAACGUCAAGGUCUCAAGGAACGGAAGAAACAAGAGAGCCGAGACUCGCCGCCUCCACCGCCGGUCGCCGACCUGCACGCCUCCAGUCCCUCCACCCUCCAGAAAUAAUUCAAUAGUUAUGGCUCCUAAACAAUUAUCCGACUCCAGAUGAUCUUUCCCCGUCACGGACGGAUGGGAAGAUCGGAAAUUCAAGAAAAGGCAUUAAAUUUCUUGACUUUUACUAGAAACCCAGAAAUUUCAUUCUCUUCCUCCUCUGGAAAGAAACCCUCCCCCCACUUGAUAGUGUUUCGGAGCGGAUGUUUCCACGCAUUGUGUUGUUCUCCGUAGAUCAAAUGCGCUGCUGGUUAUAAAGAUUCAAUCUUUGAGCGGAAAGAAGAAGAGGGAGGCUUUUGUUUUCUCUUUUAAAUUGAGUGUUUGGGAAGAAUUGAUCUUCUUGGUUUGGGGGAAGAGAUGAAGAAGCUGAAGAACUACUAUCUGAAUCUGAGAAAACCCCACAAAAUGGAGCGGAAAUGGAUCUUCCCGCUGGCAAUUGGGGCAAUUGUUUCUCUGUUUCUCCUGUUUCUCACAACCCUAACUUCCUCCGACGGGACCCCUCUUCUGCCGCUCUACAGUUACUACGCCUCCGCCUCCGCCGCGUCGGUUUUCAUCGAAUCAAAGCUCCGACCUUUAGGGGUUUCCACUCUCCCACCUCCGCCCCGCAUUGCCUACCUCAUCUCCGGCUCCGCCGGCGACGGGACCAUGCUCAAGCGCACCCUUCAGGCUCUGUACCAUCCCAACAACCAGUACGUGGUCCAUCUGGAUGCAGAAUCCUCACCGGAAGAGCGGCUCGAUCUCAGCAACUAUGUCAGGGACCAACCGAUCUUCUCUGCCGUGAGAAAUGUGAGGAUGAUCAGUAAGGCGAAUCUUGUGACCUACCGGGGCCCAACAAUGGUGGCAAACACCCUCCACGCCGCCUCCAUCUUGUUGAAGGAGGGCGGCAAUUGGGACUGGUUUAUCAAUCUCAGUGCUUCCGAUUACCCUUUAGUCACUCAAGAUGAUUUGCUUUAUGCAUUUUCGCAUUUGCCAAGAGAUCUUAACUUCAUUGAUCAUACUAGCAACAUUGGCUGGAAAGAGUAUCAGAGAGCAAAGCCGAUUAUAAUUGAUCCGGGGUUGUAUAUGACAAAGAAGGCUGAUGUUUUCUGGAUUACACAGAGAAGAAGUGUUCCUACUGCUUUCAAACUCUUUACAGGAUCAGCUUGGAUGGUCCUAUCUCGGCCCUUCGUCGACUUCUGUAUAUGGGGAUGGGACAACUUGCCCCGCACCGUCCUCAUGUACUACGCCAACUUCUUGUCCUCCCCCGAAGGCUACUUCCACACGGUCAUAUGCAAUGCGGCCGAGUUCAAGAACACCACGGUGAACAGUGACCUCCAUUUCAUUUCGUGGGACAACCCUCCCAAACAGCACCCCCAUUACCUCACCCUUGAGGACAUGAAGAAGAUGGUGGACAGCAAUGCCCCUUUCGCGAGGAAGUUCCACCGCGACGAUCCUGUCCUCGACAGAAUCGACUCGGACCUUUUGUCACGGGGCCCGGACGAGCUCGUCCCAGGCGGGUGGUGUGCGGGGAAUGGGACCCACCCGUGCUCCGCGGUGGGUGACGUGGCACUUUUGAAGCCCACUGCGGGGGCCAAGAGGCUGGAAACUCUGAUCGGAUCUCUUUUGUCCAACGAGAAUUUCCGGCCUCGGCAGUGCAAAUGACAAUAGUAGUUUAUAUGUAUCAGUCCAAGUACUCCAACUUCCGAAUAUUACAGAUUUUGCCCGGUUCGGAGAUUCUUGAGUGUCGAGUCCUAACACCCCGCGACAAGCCGUUGUUGCCAGCUGUAACAGCGCGAACCAUCACGACACGAAGAAGGCAAAUUCGGGGGGUUUUCAGGGACUCAAAUUGAGAUGUAACCUUAUAUAUAGUGACCAGUUUCUUGUAGGGGUGGCCUUGAAACACAGUGUGGGAUUCCAUCAAUGCUUAUUGUUAUGUUAUCAUUCCCCAGUGUAAAUCUUAUGUGCUGUCAUAAUAAUAUCCUUAAAAUAGAAUGUUAGACACUUGUGGGCGAUU